AUGGGACCCAUUUUCGUCUUCAUACUGGGAAUUAGUGUUAAGAUUUACAACGGUCCUUUUCUUUUUCAGUCUUGGAGGCCAAAAUUAGUGGUCCGAAAAUGGCUCAAUAUACAGAGUGGGGCGGACGAGUUUCAUUCCGAUUAUGCAAUUAAAGGUAAAACUACGAGAAGGAAAAGCUGCUCAGACGACGAUUAUUACGUCUUCGUACAAGAUGAUUUCUCAGGAUGGAUGACGGCCGCUACUACUGGCCUUAAACAGUCGACGACCCUGCCAGAGGCGCCCGCCGAAAAUCUCAAUCUCAAUCUCAAGCCAAAUGAGAUUUUCCUUCUAUUAAAUGGCUGA